CGGAGGAGUGUGCUAGGCAGAAGUCCACUAGACUGCCCAUUAAACAAGGCUAAAGUGAGCAUUGAGCCACACGUGAACGCCACGAGCUGGACGCACUGCCACCGAUCAAUCCAAAGAAUAACUUCGUGAUUCUCUGCAAAUCCGUUUCUUUUUCACUUCUUGCCAAUGGACAUCACAGCCAAGAUGGAAAUAAAUGUGACCCAGCAGCAGUUCAUGGCGCCAGCCUGCUUCUUUGCUGCCACAGCGCAGAGCAUCCAGCUCAGCCCGACCAGCAGCCAGGGUAGCGGCAAGUCAGCAUCCAAGGUGAAAAGGCAGCGCUCAUCCUCGCCGGAAUUGCUAAGAUGCAAGAGGAGGCUCAACUUUGCUGGCUUUGGGUACAGCCUGCCGCAGCAGCAACCGCACACAGUGGCGCGGCGAAACGAGAGGGAGCGCAACAGAGUGAAACUUGUCAACAACGGCUUCGCCACUCUCCGGGAACAUGUCCCCAAUGGCGCGGCCAACAAGAAGAUGAGCAAAGUGGAAACGUUACGGUCGGCGGUGGAGUACAUUCGCGCACUGCAGCAACUAUUGGAUGAGCACGACGCCGUGAGUGCAGCGUUUCAGUCUGGAGUCUUGUCACCUAACAAUUACCCCAAUGAGAUGAACUCCAUGGCUGGCUCUCCAGUGUCCUCCUACUCGUCGGAUGAGGGGUCCUACGACCCUCUCAGUCCGGAAGAGCAGGAACUCCUGGACUUCACCAACUGGUUUUGAGCAUCUGUAAAAGAAAUUUGGAUCAACUGAAUGACGUAUACUCGUAUGCGCUCCGGAGGGUCUCAGAUGAGCUCGCGCCCUCCAGAACAAGAUGCACUGAGCUGGCGCUCUGCUCCAGUCGUUUACUGACUGGUCCAGCUAUGUGGCUUUGCAAACGAAGAAACUGCGGACAUGCAGGCCCGUGUUCAGCCAUGCGCCAAAGGACUAUAAAGAAGACGGUCCGACAGCGUGGGAAUCCAACUUCCCAGCGCAUUCGCCCAUAAAAACAUUUUUUUUCAAAAACGACUUACAACAUUAUAGCACAUAAAACAUUAUUUAAAAUGUUGUUCUCAAACUAUGCUAAAUCUAAUCAAAGAACAUCAACCCUUCUUUGUAAACUCCUGUGACAUUUAGUUCUAAAAUGCUUCCAACGUGAGGAUUUUAUUAUAUUAAAUUCUAUAUCAAACAUGUUUUUGAAAUAUAUUAAGAUAUUUUUGUAUGUAAAGAGAUUUUAGAUGUUUUGUACACAUUCUUUUGUAUAUAUUUAUAUUGAUACGUUGCUUAUUACCUCUUGCAUAUUUUAGACUUGUAGUCUAUAAUGCUCUGCAGCUGGCUAUUCUGUGUAUGGUCAUUGGUUAAUGAGGUUUCGAGAAGGGGUUUGACACUCCGACAUUUUAAUUUAGCACCAAUGUGUCUUAUUUAAUAGGAAAUACAUGUUAUUGUACAUGGAGUUCACGAUGAUCAAAGGUUAUGCAGCUAUUGUCCAAACAGAGCACAACUGCCAUGCAUUGUCUCUUUAUACUGCCAGCUCUACACUGCCUUUACUUAUACCAUGUUGGUUGAAAAAAAGAAAAGCAUAUAACCAUAUUUUCUACACUCUCUCAUAA